UCCAGCCUCCAGCCGCAGCCGCUCUCCACCACGAGUGGAUCACAUACCACUGACCCGCCACCAUCCGGAGAACUUUUCAUUCAGGGGCUUAUUUAGAGGAAAAACACCUCAAUAAUAUGGGAAAGGGAAACGUCUCUUUUUUCACUAUUUGGAUAAUUUUGGGAAAAAUCAUUGCAACUUUUUGUUCAGAUCCCGAAGCCCCUGCCAGCAGCACCGAUCUUUUUGUAAACACCACAGCUACUCCCCUGCCAACUUCAACUGAAUGGAUCGCGGACUACACUGAUAUUGUGUCCAAGUUCUCCCUGCGUUCUGCAGAAACCCCAGACGAUGAUAUGUGCUACAUUGUGGCUGGACAGCCAGAAACCAUCCAGGAGUGUGAAUUCAAUCCGGAGACACAGACCUUUAUCAUAAUACAUGGCUGGACGGUCACAGGAAUGUUUGAGAGCUGGGUGCCCAAGCUGGUGUCUGCUCUGUACGAGAGAGUGCCCACCGCCAAUGUGAUUGUGGUGGACUGGCUGACCCGUGCCAGCCAGCACUACCCGACCUCCGCAGCGUACACUAAGCUCGUGGGCCGCGAUGUCGCCAAAUUUGUCACCUGGAUACAAGCAGAGCUGCAGUUGCCCUGGGACAGGAUUCAUCUGCUGGGUUACAGUCUCGGAGCACAUGUGGCUGGAAUUGCUGGAGACCUCACCGACCAUAAAAUCAGCAGGAUCACAGGUCUGGAUCCUGCAGGCCCUACCUUCGAACACGCAGACAACCAAAACACUCUGUCCAGAGAUGAUGCCCAGUUUGUGGACGUCCUGCACACCAACACCAGGGGUUCCCCAGACCGCAGCAUCGGCAUCCAGAGACCAGUGGGCCAUAUUGACAUUUACCCCAACGGAGGCACCUUCCAGCCAGGCUGCGACAUCCAGAAUACUCUGAUGGGAAUUGCUUUGGAAGGGAUCAAAGGUCUCCAAAACAUGGACCAGCUCGUGAAAUGCUCCCAUGAGCGCUCCAUUCACCUGUUCAUUGACUCCCUGCUCAACACGGAACAGCAGAGCAUGGCGUACCGCUGCAACUCCAGAGAGGCCUUCAAUAAGGGGCUCUGCCUCAGCUGCAGGAAGAACCGCUGCAAUAAGCUGGGCUACAACAUCAACAAGAUCCGCACAGCCCGCAGUGCAAAAAUGUAUCUGAAGACGCGUGGAAUGAUGCCUUACAAAGUUUUCCACUACCAAGUGAAGGCACACUUCUUCAGCAAGGACAAGCUGAGCUUCUCUGAGCAGCCGAUGAAAAUUUCCCUGUUUGGAACCCAUGGAGAGACGGAGGACAUUGCUUUUGUCCUGCCUGUCCUGAAUGCAAACACCACCCUGUCCUUCCUCAUCACCACUGACGUAGACAUUGGUGAUCUGAUGAUUGUGAAGCUGCGCUGGGAGAAGGACACCCUCAUCAGCUGGUCAGACUGGUGGGGCAGUAGCAAGUUCCACAUCCGAAAACUCCGCAUCAAGUCAGGGGAGACUCAGUCCAAAGUGAUCUUCAGCGCCAAGGAAGGAGAGUAUGCUAACCUGGUCAGAGGAGGAGAAGAAGCAGUGUUUGUGAAGUCAAAAGAAGACAACGCGAACCGUAAAGAAAAGCUGAUGCACAAACUCAAAACCCAGGGCAGUCAGUUUGGGCAGAAUGAGGCUUGAAGUUGCACUGGAUCAUCCGACAAGCUCAUUUUCCAUCUCUACAUACAUAGCCAAAGAUGGACAGCACACAUCAACACUGGGAAAGUCUAAGCAGCCAACUGGAUACAUAAUGAAUGCUGUUUUAUGAAAGAAACAAUCUUUGUCUUAUUCUCCUUCCACCGACACAACCUCGUCCUCAGUGCUAAAAAUCAGUCAUUUCCCGAGCUGUCUCCAGAUUCUCUGCAAAUUCUGCUGCUGAAAAAUGUUACAGGUUUGUUUUGAUGAUGUGCUUAUAUUGUGACGAAUUUAGACAUUCAGUAGCUUUUGCUGCUUUGUAAUCAUUUUUUAUGCUUCUUGUAUCCUAUAUGUACAUCCCUCAUAUAUUUUGAACCCUUGAUUUGACAUAUUUUCAAUGCCUAAGUGAACUUGGAUUCUUACUAACAUAAAAGUAAUUCAUAGUGACAGGCAUAAUUGUUAGGCACAUCAUUGGGUUUUUUUUUUUGUUUUUUUUUUGGUAUUUGAAAUGUGCAAAAUAUUCAUUAUACAGUGUUUGUUGUAACCACUAAAAUUGACUGCAAUCUACAGGGACCAAAGAAUAGUUUACUAUCUACUGAACCAAGAAUCACAGUGGUCUUUGUAAAUAUCUUAAUCAUCAUCAAUAUUCUUUUAAUUAAGAGUUAUGUGUUAAUAAUUGAUCUCUCGAAACAUUGCUUGUUCUUUGAUUGUGUUGGUCAUUGUGUCACUGGUCACUUUAAA